AUGCGCCUGUGUGCAGUACUGUUGCGUCGAGGUCCCGGACUGGCGAGCGUGCGACCCCUUCUUCGCGAAACAGCACUCCGCACCGCAUUCUCUCGCCACCAGGUGCAGCUUUUAACGUCCACCGGCGCAGUUCAUACCGCCAGUGUUGUUGUCUCUUCUCUGGGUGAACAACGACGCACUCAGUAUGCGCAGAUGCCGGGCAAGCGUGCACAGGAGGCCUUCCUCAUGCAGUUCGAUCCGCUAGAGGUGCUCGACCUGCCGUCAGACAGCACGGUGGAGGACAUAGAUGCUGCCUUUGAGAAGGCGAAGGCCCUGUACGGCCCUAACGGGAAAUACCCUGAUGCCAAGAUGGUAGACCGUGUUUUCCGGGCCCACGAAAUCUUAAAGGACCCGGACUCACCAUAUUAUCUCAAAGCGCAUAGCAGUCAGACAGAUCGUCAGCGGCUGCAGUUCCAGCUGCUCCCCAAGGCCAAGCGUCGCUUAAUUGAGGUUCAGGUGUGCGUACUGAUGCUCGUCGUUUUCGUUGUGGCUUUGCUGGUCAUCAAACUCGUGCUGCGCCCCAUCAACCGCUCCAUGCGUGCGGCCACACGCUAA